UACUCCGUGGCUGACGUUUACGCUUUGCCACGCCCACUCCGUUGACACGUGUGUUGCCUGUUUGCAGCAUGGCUUCUUCGGCUAAGAGGAGAGCAGUGGGUUUGGGUGAAAAUCCCGAGGAAAGCGAGAACAGCUCCGACGAGAACCCGGAGGAGGAUGAUGAUUCCGGCGAGGAGGACAGCGAGGCAUCGGAGGAGGAGAUCAAUGAGGAGGUUGUUGUCGACUUCGAAGCCCACACCAUUUCAGCCAACGACUUCAAUGGCGUCAAGAAACUUUUACAACAGCUCUUCCUGAAGGCUCAUGUAAAUACAUCAGAGAUGACAGACAUCAUCAUCCAACAGAAUCACGUUGGAAGUGUCAUCAAGCAAGCUGAGGUGCCAGAAGACAGUGAUGAUGACGACCCCGAUGAGGUGUACGGCUUCAUCAGUCUGCUCAACCUCACGGAGAGAAAGGGUGUGCAGUGUGUGGAGGAAGUGAAGGAGCUGAUCGUGGAUCAGUGCGAGAAGAACUCCACCCACAGCGUGACGGAACAGCUGGAGCAGAUCCUCGGUGACACCAGCAAGCCUGUGGGGCUGCUGCUGAGUGAGCGCUUCAUCAAUGUCCCUCCACAGAUCGCCCUGCCGCUGCACAGACAACUCCAGGAAGAAAUAGCUGAAGCUCAGAGGACAAAUAAGCCCAGCGGGAGAUGUCACUACUGUCUGAUGAUCAGCAAGACCUGCAAGGAGGCAAGCAAGAGUAUUUCAGCCAGAGGAGGAGCUCCCAAAGAAGAAUACAUGUUUGUCAAUGCAGAGGAGGAGUUCUUCUAUGAGCAAGCCAUCAUCAAGUUCCACUACUCAGUCCAGGAGGAGGCAGAUACCUGUUUGAGUGGCAGGUGGUCAUUUGAUGAUGUUCCCAUGAAACCUUUCAGGACAGUGAUGCUGAUACCAUCGGACAGGAUGCCCGUCAUUAUGGACAAACUGAAAGAAUAUCUAACUGUGUGACCCUUAUAAUAAACAAAAUAACGUGCACAUACUGAAGACCUUCAGACUCAUGGAAAUGGUUCGAUAUGACACUUGAGUGGAAACUGUUUUUGGUACCAUCAGGAAUUAUAGUGCCAGUAUUGUAAACCCGAUGUUCAGUACACGUUGUUUUAAACAACAUAUUAUAUACGGUUUUAUCAUGUGAAUAUGAAUAGAAACACCAAGUUUGUUUUAAAAAGACUUUUAUUACAAGAUUAUGAACUAACACAAUUUUGAUAAGUCUUGUGUUAAUGACAACAGCUGAUGUGUGAGCUUGGAGCUUAGUCUGAGCAGAUGGAGGAGGGAGGGACGUGUCGCUUGUCAUCAAUUCAAAUUAGUGAUUGGCAAAAUUCUCGUCUGCUCUAAUGUCCUCAAUGACACAGCUCAGUAGAAAGCUGAUUUCUGUUGACACAAACAGGAGUAGAAUCUGAAAUGAAGUUUGUGCUAGCUUACCAAGAAUUUUCCAUGAAUGCAUUUGUGCAGAUCUCUUGCCGCUGAUUCGUAAUAAAUGCAUUAUAUAUCUGUCUUGACAA